AAAUUCGGAAAUGGCAUGUCUGCUCUACUCCGUUCUAGCUUAUUGCCACGCACCUGUUUCCUGUUUAAUUCUGACAGUUAGCGCGAGCACUCAACGAUGAAACACACACCGACACAGUAGAUCUAUAGAGUGACGCAGAAAUGUACGUUAUGCUAGCUUGACAACACUAGCAAGUUUAACCAUGUGGUUUUACAGGACGUUGGCGAAGUCUGUAGCCAUUUAUUUACUUUUUGUGACUGCUUUGGAAGCGCAUCCUCAGUGUUUAGAUUUUAGACCUCCCUUUAAUCCGGAGGGAGCCUUGCAGUUUUGUACAGAAUAUUCGAAUUUCGGAUGUUGCACGAACCGAGAUGACUUGGAUGUACGAGAUGAAUAUAACAGGAUCAUGCGACAAUUAUCAGAUGCUGAUGUACGGGCAUGCGAAAGGUAUGUGAAAGAACUUGUAUGUCAGAGGUGUUCGCCUUAUGCAGCCCACAUAUAUGAUGCUGAGGGUACGCUCAUGUCUCGACCUUUCCCAGGACUGUGCAAUAGUUACUGCAGGGAUUUCUACAGAAGUUGUAGGCAGAUUGUGAGGCACUUCACACCGGAUCCAAACAUUCAGCAACAAAUCAGUUAUGGAACCUCUGCCUUUUGUAAUUACAUAAGACUUAAUGAUGAUGAUUAUUGCUACCCUGAUUUGAAAACCAACCCGAUCUUAAACAACAGAAUUUCCAUCAAGCAAUAUACCUCAGAGGGCUGUUUAUGCAUGGAACCUUUCGCUGAUUUUUUAUACAAUCCUGUCUUUGCCCGUCACUCAGGAGAUGGUAGCAAUAGGUUGUUUGUUGGAGAAGUUUCGGGGUUAAUUUUUGUGUACUUCUUAAAUGGUUCAAGCGAGAGUCGUCCAUUCCUUGAUAUCACCUCCCAAACUGUCAACUCACACAAUGUUGGGGAUGAAAGGGGGCUGCUAGGACUAGCUUUUCAUCCUAAUUAUCGUCAUAAUGGCAGAUUUUACGUUUAUUAUUCAACCUCUCUUGAACAACACGAUGGGCUGAACAACAACCACAAAAUUCGCAUUAGUGAGUUUUUGGUGUCCCAAUUUGAUCCCAACAUGGCCGAUGUAGAAAGUGAGAGAGUAGUUCUAGAAGUGGAGCAACCAUAUUGGAACCACAAUGGAGGAGAGAUUCUGUUUGGGGACGAUGGCUAUCUUUACAUCUUUCUUGGUGAUGGAGGAAGCAGAGGUGACCCUAAUAGAUAUUCCCAAAAUACAACUUCCCUCCUAGGAAAGGUUUUGCGGAUUGACGUGGAUAUAGAGGUGGAUUAUCCAUAUACUUACAAAAUUCCUCCAGAUAAUCCAUUCAUUAACGACUCAUUUUUCCGUCCAGAAAUUUAUGCAUAUGGAAUCAGAAAUAUGUGGAGAUGUGGAAAAGACAGAGGUGACCCAGUAACAGGUGAUGGUAAAGGAAGAAUAGUUUGUGGAGAUGUGGGGCAGUCUGCAUAUGAGGAACUGGAUUUGAUUGUAAAGGGCGGGAACUAUGGCUGGAAUGCAAGGGAAGGCCCGGCUUGUUACGACACAGAGAUAUGUGGACAUGUUGGUCCAGAAAUUCUUCCCAUACACUACUACCCACACAGGGAGGGAAAGUCAGUCACAGGGGGCCAUUUCUAUAGGGGCUGCCUCAGCCCGAACCUUAAUGGAUUUUACAUCUAUGGAGACUUCAUGAAUGGACGACUGUUUCGCCUGCUUUAUGAUCGUCAGAGCAAUUCAUGGGACAACAAGGAAUUAAAUAUGUGUGGUCCAGAGAUGUGUACUCCACCUCUUAUUAAUUCCUACGAGCCCCAUAUUCUGUCCUUCGGUGAGGAUGAGGGAGGGGAAAUAUACAUGCUUUCAACUGCACGAGCCAGCUCAGGUGAUUCCAGUGGAAAAGUCUACAGAAUUGUGGACCCAGCGAGGAGAGGAAACCCGGUUCAGUGUGACUUGGCGAAACGGACAGGUCCUCUCCCAACACUACCUACAACGAGGCCUCCCCCUGACACCUGGCCUACCACUAUAAUCUACCCUACCACCAAGUUCUCCAGUAUUUCGGCGGCAGCCCCAACCACCGCCAAGCCAGCGGCGGGGAAAGUCGGUAAGAGGAGAAAGAAAAAACGGAAAUCGAAGAAAAAGAAGAAAAGACGAAAGAAUAAACGACGAAAGAAACACUUUCUUAAUUUUAUCGGCAUCAAAAUAAAAUGGUGUUCUAAACGACCUGGAAUGCGGUUGUGCAGAAACCACUUUAAAGCAAAUUUCAAAGCGAAUAAAACGAACUCUGAAAACUGAUAUGAUUUCAUGUUUACUACAUUUUUUGUUCACCAAAAUUAAAAAAACUGAUAUUCAGUUUUAUAUCAUAUCCUUUAAUGUGAAACAUUAGAUUGAGCAUGUUAUAGUUUUUCUUGUAAAAAUAAUUUUGUUUGUUGGAUCAAACAGAUUAAAUUGAGAAUGAAAGGCGGGUAUAUACGUUUUAAAUUUUA